AACUCGGUAUUCGACUUGGUGUUGAACUCGGUAUUCGACUUGGUGUUGAACUCGGUAUUCGACUUGGUGUUGAACUCGGUAUUCGACCUGGUGCUGAACUCGGUAUUCGACUUGGCGUUGAACUUGCCAUUCGGACCUGUUCGCCAACUUGCUGUCCACUCCCCCCCCAUUCAACCAACAGCCAUUCAACCAACGCCCAUUCAACCAACCCCGUUUAACGCCUGGCCAUUGGCCCUUAUUAUGUCUGCUCCUCCUCCGUCUGUCCAUCGCUGCCGUCUCCAACACUUCUCUCGCCGAUCCCUUCGACAAAGCCUGGCAGAUAGAGUUGACGACCAUGCCCGACCCAUUCGCCAGCGCCGGUCCGCUCGCUGACACCAACAUCGUCGCCCCAUGGAGCGACAGCCCCAGCUCCAGCGUCGUUCGUUCUUUUGUUGCCUGGGUACGCUCGCUUUCAUCACCGCUCCCGGCUGCUUCUCGCUCGCCAUCUGCUGUCGGUGCAUACGCUUCGUCGCCCCGGCGGUCUCUGCGAAAGCGCCUCCGCAUGCGCAACCCCCGCUUCCCGUCAACCUCUGGCUCCGAGGUCAGUCUCGACUCGCCCAUGUCCAUCGAGCAGCCUUCGCCCAGGGCCGAAUCCGCUCGGCCCUGCUCGACCGACUCGUUCAGACCCGUCGUUCGCCGGCCCACCCGCACCGUCAAGUUCCGUCGGUUUUCGAGCCGGCACUCCUCCAAACCCACCUGCAGACCAAGGGGGUCGCCAACAGCCACAUCCCAGCCAAGCCCGCCCGUCUCCGCUUCCAUCCCCGCUGGCCCUCCUGCCCUGCCCAGGGCCGCCCAGUCGCUGCCGUUUCUGUCGCCCGAGCUGCUGGGGAGCUAUCUGCCCAAGCAACCCCGCCCUGCUCGGGAAUCGUCCUUGCGCAGAGCCCAGAGCCUCACUCCCACCCACGUUGCGGCUCCUCUCACCCGAACCAGCUCGCUCGGCGCCGGCCAUCUUGCCCAUCGCACCGCCAGCCUCGAUCGGGCCGCCCGCUCAUCCUCGAAGCGGCUGUAUCGACUGCCCAGUCUCCAGCCGCCCUCUGGUCUUGGCCUUUCCUCUGACUCACUGCAGUCGCCUCGUCUUGCCCAUCCAUCUGACUUGGCGGACCAGACCAGCCCUGGCCGUCCAUCGAGCUUGGCAAGCACAACCGCUCUCGAUCUCUCGCCUGGGUUCCUGCCGCCGCCUGGCCUCGAUCAAGCAAUGACUCCUGCUGCUGCAGAUCCCGGGUUGGGCUACCUGAAGCCAGCAACAGAUCCCGAUGCAGGCUAUCUCAGGCCAGCAGCCGGCCCCGAACUGCCUCGCACCCAGCUCGCUGGUCCCCACCCAGUCCCCGGCAACGACCUUGCUCGUUCCCACGCAGCCGCCAGCAGUAGUCUCCUCCAAGCGACCGGCUCCGGCCCUCCUUCGCAGGCCGCCAAGGACCCUCUCCCUCGCUCCCGUUCGACCCCAGUCCGCCCUGAGAAGCCCGCCCACCAGCUGAUCCGGGAGCUGGAGGACCCCGCGCUCCAUCCGCUGCAGACGCAAGAUCUGCCGCGGCCUCCAGAGAGGCACUGGCCGCACGGCAUUCCUCUGCCGCUGACAAAAACCCGAUCGCUGGAAAAGGCCCCGUCGUCGCCGGAAGCUCCUCGUUCCCACGAAAAAAUCCCUCUCCAAGACCAGUCGCUCCUGCCCCAGCCUCAGCGCAACGAGCUCUUGCGCUUGCCUUCGUACGAGCACUAUCCAACCCAUCCGCUUUCACUCCCGCCGCAAGCACACGUCCCGCUGGAUCGCCCCGACGACAGCAGUCUUGUCCAAGCCUCCCUCUCCCAGAUCCAUCCUCCACAGAACGAGCCUCCAGAAACCCCUUUGCCUGAUUCCUUGCAGAGCCAUCGACCUCACAGCCAGUCCCGGCACCAUCACCCAGCUCAUUCCGACGAUCCUGGUCGAUCCCAGCACUCCCAUUCCCACUCCCAUUCCCACUCCCAUUCCCAUUCCUACUCCCACCCACUCCUGAGCUCACAUCAGCUCCAGCAUCAUCAUUCGCACAAGCACCCUCGCUCCGAUUCUCGGCCACACCUCCGCUCCCGGCACUCCCAUCCGCACCUACGCCGGCCGUCUGUCGCCUCAGUCGAUCUGCAGCACAGCCCCCCUAUUCCCAUGGAUUCUGCCUCGAACGGUGCAUCAGGCAGUCCUUCACAUGAGCGUCAUCUUGUCCAUUUCGACGAUCGCGACUCGGAGUACGCGUCAUCAGCCUCUGAUGGUCUCGGUCGUCUCUCGACCCGAUCCCUGCACCGCAAAACCUCUCACAUGUGGGAGAAGAUCCAAGCUUGGUCAAAGCGCCACGAGCCUGAGCCCGUGCCUCGGGAGCACACCGUCCUGAAGAAAAAGUCGUCGUCCGACAAGAUCCGCGUGUUUCUAUCCAACAUCAAGUUGCAUGUCAAACGCCAGCCCAGCGACAGUGCACCUGAAAUCGUUGAUAGCUCCGACGACUCGGACGAUCCAGAGGUCAUUUCAUCGCUGCCUCCUCCCCUCAAGCCGCUGGCUCCCCUGUCCAAGGGCAAGGACGCGACUCUUGAUCUGGAAAGGCUCUUCACCGAUACCAAGGCGUCGCCAGACUCGUCGGCUCGCGGCCAGCUCUCGUUCCGACUCCGACUGCCCUGGAAGCGCGCAUUUUACUCUCGCUCCGUGCCCGAUCUCACCAUGCCGACGCUGCUUGAGCAAGCCAGCUCGCUUCAGCCCCUCUCCGCGAGUCUGAUGCCGCGCAGGCGCUCAACAUCGUCCCUGUCCUCCAUCUCGAGUGAAAGCAGCCAGCCUCGCUCGGACGUGGCCACGGUGGGCCGCGACCUCAUCCAGCCCCGCUCCCACUCGCUUGCUCAUAUGGAAGACACCGACAGGCUCGUCAGUAGCGCCGACGCGGGCUCUGGCGCCAGCCCAACAAAAUUGGUCGCCGAAUCCCGUCCGAUCGCCCGUGAGGGCGCUGCAUCGGCUCCUCGUUCUGCCGACGCGAGCUUGGUUGUGAUUCCUAGUCAUGUUGGUCAAGCAUCUACUGAUCCAGUCCGCGAUCAUCUGGACCCAGCUGCCCCACUGGCAGACCUCCAAUCCGAGCCAGCGACUCUGAACGACGACUUUGAGGAGACUGGCGUGGCUUCGGCUCACCACCACACGAGUGCCGAUGAUUCGCAGAGCCUCAGCGACACAGCAACCUUCCAGGAUCAGCCCAUCGCCGCAUCGGCUCUCUCGAUCACCAUGUCGUCGGAUACACUCUAUCCUCCACCGGCGCGCCGCCCGUCUUCGACUUUUUCCGGGCCGCCCUCGCCAACAUCCGCGGAUGUGGCCCACUCCAUCAUGACCCGGAAGCGCAGCCAUCAUGGCGUUGCCUCGGCACCCCGGCGCUCGUCCUCCAAAAGCUUCAUCAAAAUCAACCGGCCAUCGCCCCCGCAGCGGCGCUCUUCGCUCUUCAACUGGGGCAAGAGCGCUGACUCUCCGACGAGCACCGACGAGCCCUCGAGACUCAAGCCCAGCAAGAGUAAUCCCCAGAUUGUGUCUGCUCCAAUUGUGGUGCCCAUACGCCGAUCGUCGACACAAGAAUCAGUCACCCACACCACCAUUGUCCAGUCCCCUACAGAGUCGCAGCAGCUGUUGACAUCCCCUUCCAUCAUCAAAGUCUCCAACUACCCGGACAUUUUGCCUGGAUACGGGCCCACGACGCUCGAGCGCGCCCUGGAGGUGAUUCGGAUCCCCAGCUCGCCCAUCCACUCGUACUCCCCGCUCAUGAUUCACGAGCUGCCGACCUCCUACCGGGACCCAAGCACCCACUGCGAGCGGUUGCGGAUUGACUUUGAGUUUCAGGUGUACCUGAUUUCAUUCUUCAAGCUCUUCCUGGACCCAACCCUGCCAACGGUGGACCGUCUUCUGACCCACCAGCUCGUCGUCAAUAUGGUGCGCAACGACCCGUCGAUCCGCCAGGCCAUGUUGUGGAGAAAGCAAGGGCUGUCUGUGUGGCCGCACAUUGUUCCGAACCUGCCCGAGGCUCUCGCACAGGAUGUCGUGUUUCCCAAGGCAAUGGCAACCGAUGCGGCUGUCGAAGCGGCCCAAGCCCCAAGUGUGGUGCCACACAGACGAAGACGGCAGCUGGCCAUGGAGCGCGCCAAGAUGGGCGACAAGCUCAAGGUCGUUGAUGUGCGCAACCGCAAAAUGAAUCCGCUGAGGUCGCCGCUGUCGAGGGUGCUGGCGUCGAUCCAUGACUCUGAGCAGGCGAUGCUGGAAGAGACCCUGCUGAUGCGGUAUGCCCAGCGACGUCGCAUGUCACAGAUGGCGGCUGGUCUUGUGGCCAACGGCUCGUUGGCUGCUGCGUAGUGCCGAGGUGCGGUGUCUCGAGUCUUCCUGCUGUGGUUCACGUUUCCUCCUUUCCUUCGUUUUUUUUUUUUUUGGGCUACAUUCAUACUCGCUCCUGUGUUCUUGAGCGCCGCAAGGCCAGCCGCUCCCCCUGGGCGGCUGUUGCUCCGUUGGCUGUUGCUACUGUUUCCGCAUGCGGCCCCUCCCAGUGCGGUGGUGGUGGGGCUGCAGAUGAAUGAUGAUGGUGCUUGGAAUACACAUGUUUGGAGAA